AUGGAGUCUGCAUAUCUUCAAAAGCACCUUGGUACAUGUCUAACUCAAGGUCUUGCAGAAGUGGCAAGAGUUCAUCCAGUGGAUCCAAUAGAAUAUUUAGUACUGUGGAUUUGCAAGUAUAAGGACAAUAUAAACAUGGAACAGCAGAGGGAAAAGGAAAUGGUUGACUUGGAAUGGGAAAGAGAACUAGCACUGAUUGAGCAGGAAAAGCUGAAGAGGCUCAGAGCAGAGGAACUCUUGUUUCAGCAGCAGCAACUGGCAUUCCAGCUGGAGUUAGAGAUGCAAGAGAAGGAGAAACAGAAAGCUGAAGAACUUCAGAGAGCCCAAGAGCAAUUGGAGAAGAUAGCAGCGGUGGACUCAGGCAAAACGCUGGCUGAAAUUAGUGACCAAUAUGGAGUGCCGAACUUGAGCAGAGUGGUCGAACUUGAGGAACCCAUGUUGUCUGAUGUUACAUUAAACAUUGAUCAAGAUUUGUAG